CGUUGCGUGAUUUGAUCCUUCCGGCUCGCUGUAGUAUUGAUGUGGCCAAGUCAGUCAGGUUCCACGUCAUUCGGAAGGAUCAGGAUCUCUCCAGACACGGAUGCGUAUACAGAAGAAGAGAGAGACCUAAGCCCUGCUUGAAAGGAAACCUCAUAGGCAUUCUCUCUGAGUGGAGUCUCUUGAAGAGAUACAGAGCUGACAUCAUGACGGCCGCAGAGAAUGUGUGUUACACUCUCAUCAACGUCACCAAUGACUCUGAACCACCAUCAGAAGUCAGCUUAAAAACUGAUUUAGAAAAGGGGGAAAUCAAAGCCAAGACUGAGGCUUUGAAGAAGGUUAUCAUCAUGAUCCUAAAUGGAGAGAAGCUUCCAGGCCUAUUAAUGACCAUUAUUCGGUUUGUGCUGCCUCUUCAGGACCACACAAUUAAGAAACUAUUACUAGUUUUUUGGGAGAUUGUUCCCAAAACUACUCCUGAUGGCAAACUUCUUCAGGAGAUGAUCUUGGUCUGUGAUGCCUACAGGAAGGAUCUCCAGCAUCCCAAUGAGUUCAUCCGUGGCUCCACUCUGCGCUUCCUGUGCAAGCUGAAGGAAUCUGAGCUGCUGGAGCCGCUCAUGCCAGCAAUCCGUGCCUGUCUGGAGCAUCGUCACAGCUAUGUACGCCGCAAUGCAGUCCUGGCCAUCUACACUAUCUACAGGAACUUUGAGCACUUGAUUCCAGACGCUCCUGAGUUGAUUCAUGACUUUCUUGUAAAUGAGAAAGAUGCAAGCUGCAAGAGAAAUGCUUUUAUGAUGCUGAUUCAUGCAGAUCAGGAUAGAGCUUUGGACUACCUUAGCACCUGUAUUGAUCAGGUGCAUACUUUUGGAGACAUUCUACAGCUUGUCAUUGUGGAACUGAUUUAUAAGGUCUGCCAUGCCAAUCCCUCAGAGAGAGCUCGUUUUAUCCGUUGUAUCUACAACCUGCUGCAGUCAUCCAGUCCUGCUGUAAAAUAUGAAGCAGCUGGAACUCUGGUUACCCUGUCUAGCGCCCCCACCGCCAUCAAGGCUGCUGCUCAGUGCUACAUUGAUCUAAUCAUUAAAGAGAGUGACAACAAUGUCAAGCUCAUUGUUCUGGACAGACUGAUCGAGCUGAAGGAACACCCCACACAUGAGCGUGUGCUGCAGGAUCUUGUGAUGGAUAUUCUGAGGGUUUUGACCACUCCUGAUCUUGAGGUCCGCAAGAAGACCCUACAGCUAGCCCUGGACCUGGUGUCAUCCCGCAAUGUAGAGGAGCUGGUUAUAGUUUUAAAGAAAGAAGUCAUCAAAACCAACAAUGUGACUGAGCAUGAGGACACAGACAAGUACAGGCAGCUGCUUGUUCGCACUCUCCACUCCUGUAGUGUGCGCUUCCCUGACAUGGCAGCCAAUGUCAUCCCUGUGCUGAUGGAGUUCCUGAGUGACACUAACGAGGCGGCUGCAGCGGAUGUGCUGGAGUUUGUGCGUGAGGCGAUUCAGAGGUUUGACAACCUUAGGCCUCUCAUCAUUGAGAAGAUGCUAGAGGUCUUUCACGCUAUCAAGACAGUCAAGAUUUACAGAGGAGCACUGUGGAUUUUGGGUGAAUACUGCAGCACUAAAGAGGACAUCCAGAGUGUCAUGACAGAAGUCCGCAGAUCUUUGGGAGAGAUCCCAAUUGUUGAAAAUGAGUUGAAGAAGGAGGCUGGAGAGGUAAAACCUGAGGAGGAGGUGACUGCAGCUCCAGCUCCUAAGCUGGUGACAGAAAUGGGCACUUACGUCACUCAGAGUGCCCUGAGCACCUCCAGACCAUCCAAAAAAGAAGAGGACAGGCCUCCACUGAGGGGUUUUCUGAUGGAUGGAGACUUUUACGUUGCUGCCUCAUUGGCCACCACCCUCACCAAAGUGGCCUUGCGCUAUGUUGCCCUUGCCGAGGACAAAAAAAGGCAAAAUUCAUUUGUGGCAGAGGCCAUGCUGAUCAUGGCCACUGUGCUCCAUCUGGGCAAGUCGUCUCUACCCAAGAAGCCCAUCACCGAUGAUGACGUGGACCGGAUCUCACUGUGCCUCAAAGUCCUGUCCGAGUGCUCGCCCCUCAUGAACGACAUCUUCAACAAGGAAUGCCGCAGAUCCCUGUCACAUAUGCUUGCAGUCAGACUGGAGGAGGAGAAACUGUCUCAGAAGAAAGAGUCUGAGAAGCGCAACGUAACGGUUCAGGCAGAUGAUCCCAUCUCCUUCAUGCAGCUGACCGCUAAGAAUGAGAUGACAUCCAAAGAGGAUCAAUUUCAGCUCAGUCUGCUAGCAGCUAUGGGCAAUACUCAAAGGAAAGAAGCCGCGGACCCUCUGGCCUCCAAACUUAAUAAGGUCACUCAGUUGACUGGUUUCUCAGAUCCAGUGUACGCAGAAGCUUAUGUCCACGUCAAUCAGUAUGACAUCGUCCUGGAUGUCCUGGUUGUUAAUCAGACUAGCGACACCUUACAGAACUGUACCCUGGAGCUGGCAACACUUGGUGAUCUUAAAUUGGUUGAGAAACCGUCUCCUCUUACAUUGGCUCCUCAUGACUUUGCCAACAUCAAAGCCAACGUGAAAGUGGCCUCCACAGAGAACGGCAUCAUAUUUGGAAACAUAGUAUAUGAUGUAUCAGGAGCUGCCAGUGACAGGAACUGCGUAGUCCUCAGCGACAUUCACAUUGACAUAAUGGACUACAUUCAGCCGGCAUCCUGCACAGAUGCUGAGUUCAGACAGAUGUGGGCUGAAUUUGAAUGGGAAAAUAAGGUUACCGUCAACACCAACAUCACAGAUCUGAACGAUUAUCUCCAACACAUUCUUAAAUCCACCAACAUGAAGUGCUUGACCCCAGAGAAGGCCCUGUCCGGCAUCUGUGGCUUUAUGGCAGCAAAUCUCUAUGCCCGCUCUAUAUUUGGAGAAGAUGCCCUUGCAAACGUCAGCAUCGAAAAGCCAAUCCACAUGGGACCUGAUGCCCCAGUCAAUGGCCAUAUUCGCAUCAGAGCCAAAAGCCAGGGUAUGGCUUUGAGUCUGGGCGACAAGAUCAACCUUUCUCAGAAGAAGUCCGUCUCGUAAAUUUGAGAGACUGAGGCCAUCGAGACGAGAUUGAACGAAAAAGCGCUAUGGCUAUUCCUAUGUCUUGUCUUUUUUCUCUAUCGCUUGUUUGUGUCUCUUCAGACUGCCGUACACAUGCAGUGCUCUGUGGCCAAGAUCUAAGCUCUUCAAUCCCUCAAACUAUGUCUGAAGGGGAUCAUUUUGACAUUUUCUACCAGCACGAUUCUUCUUAACUGCUCUAAAAGGGUUUUGACCCUGUUAAUCUGUAAUCUGUUUCAAUAAACAUUGCACACCAUA